AUGGCUCUGAAGCGCAUUAACAAGGAGUUGACUGAUCUCGGCCGAGACCCGCCCUCAUCAUGCUCCGCUGGUCCCGUUGGUGAGGAUCUGGGCGACUCACCAUACUCCGGCGGUGUCUUCUUCCUGGCAAUCCACUUCCCCACAGACUACCCGUUCAAGCCUCCCAAGGUCAACUUCACAACCCGCAUCUACCACCCCAACAUCAACAGCAACGGCAGCAUCUGCUUAGAUAUCCUGCGAGACCAAUGGAGCCCGGCUCUGACCAUUUCCAAAGUCCUACUGUCAAUCUGCUCGAUGCUGACGGACCCCAAUCCCGAUGACCCGUUGGUCCCCGAGAUUGCACACGUCUACAAGACCGACCGCGCUAGAUACGAGGCGACCGCCCGCGAGUGGACCCGCAAGUACGCCAUCUAA